CUCAAAGACUGACUGGUCUUUGAGGUUGUCGACACAUUUUAAUAUUCUCCAAACCUUCAGGAGUUGGCUCUGCUCUGCUAUGAAUCAGUGUGAAGAGACAGAGGAUGAAGUGACUCCCUCUAAAACCACUCUGUGUGGGGAACAUGACGGCCAGACCAGAACUCAGAGCCCAGAGCAGCGACAGAGACCAGAUUCUCCUGAACCUGAACCGAGCUCUGCGUCAAUCAGGAGCCACCAGUCCAUGGAACCACCUUUAGUGUUUAAAGGACAACUUCCUGCAGAGAUUCACCCAGAGCAGCGACAGAGGCCAGACUCUCCUGAACCUGGACCGAGCUCUGCGUCAAUCAGGAGCCACCAGUCCAUGGAACCACCUUUAGUGUUUAAAGGACAACUUCCUGCAGAGAUUCAUGUUCAGCAGAUUACCAGGGGUCAGUCAGUCCAGCAGCAUCCAAGAGAUUUGGACUCCAUAUUUAUGCAUCUUGAAGAAUGCAUUGUCACCUUUGUAAAACACGAGCUAAAAAAGUUCCAAAAGAUUCUGAGUCUAGAUGACCCUGAAUGCUUUGAGAGGCAGAGUGAGGAUGAGGAGGUGUUGGAUGGUGAGAAGGAAGAGAAGAGGAGGAGCAGCAGAGAGGAAUUUCUGAAGAUUACACUGCACUUCUUGAGGAGAAUGAAGCUAGAGGAGCUGGCUGACUGUCUGCAGAGCAGAACUGAUGCUGCAGUUUGUCAACCUCAACUCAAAUCUCACCUGCAGAAGAAGUAUCAGUGUGUGUUUGAGGGGAUUGCUAAAGCAGGAAACCCAACCUUUCUGAAUCAAAUGUACACAGAACUGUACAUCACAGAAGAAGGACCUACAGAGGUCAAUGAUGACCAUGAGGUCAGACAGAUUGAAACAGCAUUCAGGAAACCAGAUAGACCAGAAACAACAAUCAGAUGUGAAGACAUCUUUAAACCCUCACCUGGAGGACACCAACCAAUCAGAACAAUGAUGACAAAGGGAGUUGCUGGCAUUGGGAAAACAGUCCUAACACAGAAAUUCAUUCUGGACUGGGCUGAAUACAAAGCCAACCAGCACAUACAAUUCACAUUUCCAUUCACUUUCAGAGAGCUGAAUAUGCUGAAAAAGAAAAAGUACAGCAUGUUGGAACUUCUUCAACACCACUUUUCUGAAACCGCAGGAAUCUGCAGGUUUGAAGAGUUCCAGGUUUUGUUCAUCUUUGACGGUCUGGAUGAGUGUCGACAUCCUCUGGACUUUCACAACAAUGAGAUCCUGACUGAUGUUACAGAGUCUACCUCAGUUGAUGUGCUGCUGACAAACCUCAUAAGGGGUAAACUGCUACCCUCUGCUCGCCUCUGGAUAACCACACGGCCUGCAGCAGCCAAUCAAAUCCCUCCUGAGUUUGUUGACAUGGUGACAGAGGUCAGAGGGUUCACUGACCCACAGAAGGAGGAGUACUUCAGGAAGAGAUUCAGAGAUGAGGAGCAGGCUGGCAGAAUCAUCUCCCACAUCAAGACAUCACGUACCCUCCACAUCAUGUGCCACAUCCCAGUAUUCUGCUGGAUCACUGCUACAGUUCUGGAGGAUGUGUUGAAAACCAGAGUGGUACAAGAGCUGCCCAAGACCCUGACUGAGAUGUACAUCCACUUCCUGGUGGUUCAGACCAAACGAAAGAACUUCAAGUAUGAUGGGGGAGCUGAGACAGAUCCACACUGGAGUCCAGAGAACAGGAAGAUAAUUGUGUCUCUGGGAAAACUGGCUUUUGAGCAGCUGCAGAAAGGCAACCUGAUCUUCUAUGAAUCGGACCUGAAUGAGUGUUGCAUCGAUAUCAGAGCAGCCUCAGUGUACUCAGGUGUGUUCACACAGAUCUUUAAAGAGGAGAGUGGACUGUACCAGGACAAGGUGUUCUGCUUCGUCCAUCUGAGCGUUCAGGAGUUUCUGGCUGCUGUUCAUGUCCAUCUGACAUUCAACAACUCUGGUGUCAAUCUGCUGUCAGAAAAAUCAACUUCUUGGUGGUGGUGGUUUCCAUUUAGAAACAACCCAGAACCAACUCAUCUCUAUCAGAGAUCUGUGGACAAGGCAUUACAGAGUCCAAAUGGACACCUGGACUUGUUCCUCCGCUUCCUCAUGGGUCUUUCUCUGCAGUCCAAUCAGACUCUCCUACAAGGUCUGAUGACACGGACAGGAAGUAGCUCACAGACCAAUCAGGAAACAGUCGAGUACAUCAAGAAGAAGAUCAGUGAGAAUCUGUCUCCAGAGAGAAGCAUCAAUCUGUUUCACUGUCUGAAUGAACUGAAGGACAGUUCUCUAGUGGAAGAGAUCCAACAGUACCUGAGUUCAGGAAGUCUUUCCACAGAUAAACUGUCUCCUGCUCAGUGGUCAGCUCUGGCGUUCAUCUUACUGUCAUCAGAAAAAGAUCUGGACGUGUUUGACCUGAAGAAAUACUCUGCUUCAGAGGAGGCUCUUCUGAGGCUGCUGCCAGUGGUCAAAGCCUCCAACAAAGCUCUGUUGAGUCACUGUAAUCUAUCAGACAGAAGCUGUGAAGCUCUGUCCUCAGUUCUCAGCUCCAAGUCCUCUAGCCUGAGAGAGCUGGACCUGAGUAACAACAACCUGCAGGAUUCAGGAGUGAAGCUGCUCUCUGUUGGGCUGCAGAGUCCACAUUGUAAGCUGGAGACUGUCAGGCUGUCAGGCUGUCUGAUCACAAAGGAAGGCUGUACUUCUCUGGCCUCAGCUCUGAGAUCCAACCCCUCCCUUCUGAGAGAGCUGGACCUGAGCUACAAUCAUCCAGGAGACUCGGGAGUACAGCUGCUGUUGGCUGGACUGGAUGAUCCACAAUCGAGAUUGGACACGCUCAGAACAGAACAUGGUGGAGAGCAGUGGCUGAAACCUGGUCUGAGGAAGUAUGCCUGUGAACUCACACUGGACACAAACACAGUAAGCAGAAGCCUCAAACUGUCAAACAACAACAGGAUGGUGACACAUGUGAGAGAGAAGCAGCCAUAUCCUGAUCAUCCAGAGAGGUUUGACUACUGGUAUCAGCUGCUGUGUAGAAAUGGUCUGACUGGUCGCUGUUACUGGGAGGUCGAAUGGAGAAGAAGGGUUGAUGUAUCACUGAGUUACAGAGGAAUUGGAAGGAAAGGAAACAGUGCUGACUGCAGGUUUGGAGGGAAUAAUCAGUCCUGGUGUUUAUUUUGCUCUGAUGUUGAUGGUUACUCUGUCUGGCAUAAUAACAGAAGAAUAGACCUCCCUCACUCCUCCUCCUCAUCCUCGUCCUCUGUCUCUAACAGAGUAGCAGUGUAUGUGGACUGUCCUGCUGGCACUCUGUCCUUCUACAGAGUCUCCUCUGACACCCUGAUCCACCUCCACACCUUCAACACCACAUUCACUGAACUUCUUUACCCUGGGUUUGGUUUCUGGUUGUCUGACACCUCAGUGUCUCUGUGUUCACUGUAGGAGGGAGAGUCUCAAAACAUUUUGGAAGUAGCGGAUUGUCCCCUAAAAUAAGAGGGGAGUCAACUUAUACUAAAUUUACAGCCUAAUAAUGGAAAGAGGACACGAGGUGAAACUCAAGAACACCAUUCACAAAGAUAGGAGAAAGAGACAACAGAGAGAGAGAGAGAGAGAGAGAGAGAGAGAGAGAGAGAGAGAGGUUGAAGAUCCUGGAGGGUGAAGAUCGAGAUCCUCCUCUCAUUUAUUGACCUGAAGAUUGUCACAAAUGCCUUAAUUUCCUAUCUGCUAGAAUACUGCAAUGCUCUUUAUUUGAGAAUCCUUGACUCGCCGGCAGCUGGUACAGAAUACUGCUGCUGGACUCCUAACUGGUACCAGGAAGAGAGACAACAUCACACCUGUACUGGAGUCCUUAUAUUGUCUACCACUGAAGUUUAAAGUUAUAGUAUUUGUUUUUAAAGCUUUACACAGCCUGGCCCCAGUAUAUCUCUGAGCUGCUCUGCCCCCUUUUCAAGCCCAGAUCUCUAACCCUAACCCUAACCCUGAUCCUCAGACCAGCUGCUCCUGACUGUCCCUCCAUCGAGGAUAAGGGGUAAUGGCGUUUGUGCUUUCCCCUUCGCAGUAGCUGCCCAAUAGCUUUGGAACAGUAUAACAUUUUCAAUUCAGUGGUCCUACUCUGUAGACUCUUUAAUGCUGAACUUGACACUUCACAUGUUUCCUCUGGCCUUUGACUGCCCUUAAGGUCUUAUGUUGUACUUUUUACUCUUCUUUGUUUUAUGUUUUCCAUCUGUUCCUUUACUUAUUUAUGUGUGUAUGGGAAAAUAUUGGUAUGUUAUCUCUACUGCUUUUUUUUUACUGUUACAAAAAGUCGAAAGUGACAUAAAAUACAUUUGCUCUCAAAUAAUUAACAAUAAUCCAUAGGGCAGCUUCCACUCAGUAGGUCUCUUCUAGCAAAUAAUUUUUCGUUAAGGAUGAGAAGUUGCGUUGAAGUAGAACCCUGGAUAUAGCUGUAAGAGACAGAGACUGUAUGGCGCCGAAUAGCGUGUUAUUACUUUUGCUUGUUUUCCACUUGAAACCACGACAUGAUAUAUGACUGUGUUGUGUGUAUUUUACUGUAUAAGAUCUGUGCAGGCUUUUUUAAAUAAAUAAAACGUCUUAAGAUAAGAUUGACAAUUGUG